ACACGAAGCGCAACAGGAGCGAUUUGGACUAUUCAAGAACUCGGAGCCUAAUGUUGCUGCUUUCUCCGUGAAGGAAAACCAUCUGUCCGGCUGCUGGUUUUAACCUCACGAUGAUUCAUGUGAGAACUUUAUGGGCUCUACUUCAGGAGAAGAUUAGAUGAUUCUUCAGAGCAGAACCAGACAUGGACCUCCGUCUGCACAGAAACUCUCAGCUCCAGUACGGGGUCAACGGGGGCAACUCUAGGCCAGGCGACGAUCACACAGUGCAGUUUCUGAGUCAGGAGGAGCAGGAAUGCAUCCAGUUCUUCGAGAACACCAUUGACUCACUGGAGGCAAGUCUGGAGGAGGAUGACUGGAGGCUUGUGCGAGCGAGACCCAUUGACAGCAGCAUCGCUCCCAAUGAAGGGGUCGAUAGACCCCGUAGUAUGAGAGCCAACCCUGGGGUCACUCUUUCUCCCCACCUCGCCAGACCUCCGAGCUCCAAAGACCAGGAUAUUAUUGAUCUGGUCCACCAGGAUGUGGACUUCGUGCACACUAAAGAGCCGAGCUUCCGUCCCACUCAUCCAGAAUUUCAGAGUAUGAUGCCACCCCCUGAACGUCACUUCGAGAUAAAGCCAAGGCAUGAUCCAAUGGACAGCUUGCCUUCAGAGUAUAACCCUCCCCUACCGAGUGGCGCCCCCAGGUCGACAGACAGCUCCUACCACCCACCAGGCUGUAUCCCUACCCCCGUCCUCAUUGCCCAGAAGAUGGCCGAGAAUCAGCCCGCACGAACCUCUAACCUCUUUCGCCACAGCAGCCUGGAGUCUGAAAAACCACCGAGCCUGAGCACAGAUCAUCCAGUGAAACAGGGUCCUCCUACCUCUGCUAAGCCUACCCGCUUCCCUGCCAACAUCAACGUGAUCCGUGGCAGCAAGGAGCACCAAAAUCAGUCGCUGCCUAACGUGAAAAUCCAGGAGAGACAAGCGCAGAUGCUGGCAAACCUAGGUAUGGAUCACCCUCUGCUGCAUAGCAAUUCUCAACAUGAUCUAGGGGAGAAGCCUCAAAAUAUUCCCACUCGCAGCAUUUCCUUCAGAGACCCCAUACCAGACAAAUCCAGGAUAGAGGCCUUGUCUAAGCUAGGACUGACCAGAAAUCGAGCUAUGUCUGGGGGUACAUCUCACCAGAUCACCCCUAACAGUACCCCACUGGUUCCUCUUACAGGUGCAGGCAGCAGUCCCACUCCGCUGGAGGCUCAUAAUCCUGUAGCAACUGAUACCGGCACCAAAUCGCCAGUCCAUGUUACUACCCCACCUCUUCAUGUUGACAGAAAACCUGAGGUUCGGAGGACACCUUCCAGCAAGAGCUAUGAAGAUAGAAACCCCCAACCGAGCCUGCCACCUCCAGCAGUCACACAAAGCAGCUACCAUCCACCUCCUUUGGAAAACAAGGCAUCUGUCCCCCAGCCAUCUGAGGUAAGCUCAUUGGCGCUUAACAGCUAUGGAGGAAAAUCCAUUGUGGUCAACCCUUCUGUUGCCUCCAAGGGUGAACCUGCAACCUCACCAACAAGCCACGAACCGACAUCCCACCCACCUGCACUGUCCAACCCCAGUGAGCUCAAUACCUAUGGAGGAAAGAGCAAAGUCAUGACCCCUGCUGCUCUAGCUGCCCCCAAGAACGACCUUCCUGACAUCCUUAGCUCACACAUUGACAGGCGUCAAACCUUGCCCGCCAAAUCAGAGCCGCCGCCGCCGCAACCUGAGCCCAACAAUUAUGGAGGAAAGAGCCGAACCAUUAACCCCAUCACCGGCUUAUAUCGCACUGCAGACAGCCCAGCAAGGAGUUCCAAACCUCCAGCCCCAACAACGGCCCCAAGACCUCCUCGGCAUUCCUACCAUGGCAUUACUACUCCCCAGAAACCAGCAUCAUCCUUGCCCACAGAACACAAACGAAGAUCCAACUCCCUGUUUCGUCCCCAAGGCAUCACUGUGCAGUUUUCUGGCCGAGGGGAGAUGAACGAAUCACGCAGGGAGGCACUGAGGAAACUGGGGUUGCUGAAGGAGUCUUGAUGAGCUCUUUAUUUUGGAUUUAUCCUCAGUUUCUACCUGGGUUAGGGUGUGGGGAUAAAGACAGACUUCCACAGAGGAACUGAGAAACACUGCAGCUGAGUUAAACUGCUUUAUGCUGACAUUUUAAACCUCCUCCCAAGGUUUGGAACAAACUGAUGCCACAAAAGGGAAGUCUCCUAGCGCACCUUUAUUUGCUACAUGAGUCUGAACUGGCAGAAUCUUUUUAACCUGGCUUCCCUUUACUAAAAGCAUCUUAGAAAAGUCCAGCAUUUAUUCUGGUGGUUCUCAAGCUCUGUGCUCUUUGGAAAGGGGACUCAGAUUAAAGGUUGGAUAGAUUUUUCUUUUUUUUCUGUUCAUGACAAAGUAAAACUGCAUGUUUAUUCUCAGACUGUGAAGUCUUUAUCACCUCUGUUACAUGAAAGCCUUUUUUUGUUUUCACCGGUUUGUUUACGGACUUUGGGCAUUUUUAGUCAGCAGUAUGUUUGUGUAUUUUUUUCUUUUCAGUUAAAAGCACUUUUUAAAAUUUCUAACAUAAGGAAUACUAAAGAGCAAAAAGUGAUCUUAUGUACUGGACCAACAGUGAAAAGUUGCUGGCUUUCUUUGAAGAUGUGGAGCCGAGCCGAGCCGAGCAGGAGGAUAUUUUUACUCCAACGAACAAACCUCCCACACCAAACCACAGGCUGGUGGUAUGGGUUUGAGGGCAGGACUUUUACUUUUUUACUCCGCAGAGGGAAUACUUUAAAAACUGCUCUUUAGGGAUGGGCGAGCACAUAGCAUUGUACAAAACACGAGCACUAAAACCACAGUCUAGAAAUACAUCCUGGGUUACUUAUAUGUUGUCGAUAACUUUGCUGUUUCUGACAUUUGCAAGUGUGUUAUUUAACUGUCGUGUGUGUGUGUGUGUGUGUGUGUGUGUGUGUGUGUGUGUGUGUGUGUGUGUGUGUGUGUGUGUGUGUGUGUGACUCCGGCCUCUGUAGUUUACCUACAGUAACUUUUGAAGUAAAUUUUAUAAACAUAUGUUUACAGACUCCGGUUCUCUGUAGUUCAGCUACAGUCAUUUUGAAGUAUCUGAUGGUGCAUGUCUGCAGUGUGUAACUACUUUCUGAGGAAGCAGUCAUAUCUGCACAGAUUGAGGAUUAAAAGUGCCUUUUGGGGGGUAAAAGGGAAGCUGAGCGGCCAUGUGAAAGCUGCUGCUAUAACUCAACAGCCUGGUGUACUUUCUGACUAUUACAAUGUUCACAUUAUUAACUGUCUAUUCUCUAUAUGCUUAAUAUAUCGUAUAUUGAAUCUUUGCCACCCAUUAAA